AUGAUGUCCGUCGUGUCGGUCACGAUGGCCUUGCUGCCUGUCCUAGUGUCGGUGAUGACGCGAAAUGCCGAGGCCCACACGUGGAUCGACUGUCUCGACACGGACCGGUCGAAGAUCUACGAUCAGAGCGCCUCGUACAUUUUUGGUGGUGCAGGAGGCAACGGGUUCUGCGGCGGCUACGGCGCCGGCUACCCCGGCCGCGGAGACACCAGCAUCGGCACGGAGUACACGUACAAGAUGCUGAAGAACGUGGUGGAGGCCGGUACUCCAGUCUGCCAGAGCGUCGACCCCAACUCGUACUCGGACUGGCGGAAGCGACUGCAGGUGACUCCGGGGCAGACCGCGUACUUCGCGUACCUGCCUAAUGGCCACAUCGUCAAGGACAAGAAGGCUGUCGGCACUCAGCACGGCGUGUACUGGACCGGCCAACCGGGGACGUCGCUUUCGUCGACGCUGGAUAUGAAGUCCGAAAACCUCGUCGACGGCCACACGAUGAACUACGACGAUGGAAACUGCGGCGAGACGGUCGACUACAACGGCAAUCCCAGUGGCCGCGCUGGCGACGGCAAACCGUGUGUCGGUUCGUUCGUCAUUCCGGCCGGCACUACGCCCGGAAUCUACAACAUGGUGUGGUAUUGGACGUUU